GCCCGCGGCUACGAGGAUGACGUUUUGGCGCAGGGCUCGUUUCAGACCCUGGGUGGGCCCCCGCUCGCUAAAGAGCGCGGCGUGCUCGUGGGCUUCGAUCGCCGCCAUUCUCAAGCAACCGUCAAAGAUGGCGGGGCGCCCGAGCCGAGGGGGCGUCGUCAUGGAGGGAGAGCCUCGUCGGCGAUGCCUAUUGCGUCCAGCGCGUCGCGUAUCUCCCUGGCUCUUUGGGCCCUGUCCGCGGCGGCCCCUGCGGGGUUAUAUUUGGCCGCCUGCGAGCGCGAGUCGAAUCGCGACAUCGACGCGGACUUCAGGCAAGUUGGUCUACGGCGCUCCGCCUCAGAACGCGGUCUCACCCUCGAGUUCCCGCGCCGGAUCGCCCAGAUCUUCGAGCGGCGGUGGCCCGCCCGCAUCUCGGAGCUCGAGCUGGAGGCUGCCGCGGCGGGCGCGUGGUGGAGGCGCCGCGACGCUCGGAAGCGUCGCCGCUGGCGCCUACGCUUGCUAGAUGCCCAAGCGGCCGCGGCCGUCUGCGCCCAGUGCCGCUCGCGCGCGUGGAGGCUGCGGCCGGAUGCCCAGUGGCCCAUCGCGCUC